AUGUCGGUCCGGCAACGAGACCCCAUGUACUCGACACGAACCAGCGUGUCCAAGUUGGUGCAGUCGGUGAAAGCAGAGUCGGACAAGCUCGCGCAGUUUGUCGAUGCAGAGAAGCACAUCGCGGAUGAAAUCCUCCGAGACGCCCCAUCCAUCCCUACACAACCUGCAGCCGAGCCAUCCCUUGUAACUUCGUUGGUUCAGCGUUUGCGUGUGGUGGAGGCGCAGCUUCGUACCCAAGUGGCUGAGCUCCAGUCCAAACAAGAGCAAGUGAAUGAACUGAAGGACCAACUGAAUCGAUCGGUGGCACCAUGUGGAUGGUGCGCCGACCAUCAAGAUGAAGCACAGCAUCUCAAGCAGCAAGUCGCAGACAUGACAGCGUUCCUGAACGACCAUGGCCUAGUUUGGGUUGGACCACCAUCGAACACGCUCUCCCCACGCCUUCCCCCGCUCGACGCAGCGUCCACCACGCACGCAGAGGUCAACUACGACUUGAUUAUUGCUCGUGUCAACCAACUCAAUGCAGCCGCCGACACCGGCUUCACCGUACGUCGUUCAUGGCCGCGCGGUCCAAUUACGCUAUGCGACCAGGACUCGCUGCCACUGACGCUGUUCAAGGACGGCAUCAUGGUCUUGCGAGGGCCAUUUCGACCAUUUCAUGAACCGCACGCGACCGAGUUCAUUCAAGACAUUCUCGACGGCUUCAGUCCUCUCGAAUUCCAAGAUCGAUAUCCUGAUGGGGUCGUAUUCAACAUGCUCGACAAGCGCCACGAAUACUUCCGAGCUCCCGUCGACGCGUCGGGGCAGCCGCUACACGAUCGUCCAACCAAGGCGGUGGGGCUUGCGGACGUCGGAAACCCACUGCUUCGUUUGCCAACCGACACGUUCUUGAUACGACUGCCUGUGUCGACGGUGCGCGAUGGCCAAGUUCAUGCGAUCCGUGACGAGAUUGCGCAGUUGCUCCGACCCCCCGUGGAUUGCCGUGUUGUGCACAUUCCAGGAGUUGGUGGUGCCAAGCUUGCAACGUUGCGAGUUCGGACGUGGAAGGGAGCGCAGUCGAUCCAACUGCACGUCCCGUACACUGCUCGAUUGCAUCUCGUCAAGCAUCAAGUUGCGACCGAAAGUCGCCUCGCACCCGACUCGUUCGACUUGAUCUCGAAUUUCCCGUCCAAGGUGUAUGAGAAUGGCGGGCAGACCGUGGAGGAGGCGGGCCUCAUCCCAUCGGCGACGCUGCACAUUCGAAUGCGAUAG